AUGGACCACAACAAAGAAUGGACCACAACAAAGAAUGGACCACAACAAAGAAUGGACCACACCAAAGGUCUAUAUCUCCAUGAGCCUGUGUCACCAUCAACCCCAGUCACCAUCAACCCCAGUCACCAUCAACCCCAGUCACCAUCAACCCCAGUCACCAUCAACCCCAGUCACCAUCAACCCCAGUCACCAUCAACCCCAGUAACCAUCAACCCCAGUCACCAUCAACCCCAGUCACCAUCAACCCCAGUCACCAUCAACCUAAGCCCAGUCACCAUCAACCCCAGUCACCAUCAACCACAGUCACCAUCAACCACAGUCACCAUCAACCCCAGUCACCAUCAACCUCAGUCACCAUCAACCACAGUCACCAUCAACCCCAGUCACCAUCAACCCCAGUCACCAUCAACCCCAGUCACCAUCAACCCCAGUCACCAUCAACCCCAGUCACCAUCAACCUCAGUCACCAUUAACCUCAGUCACCAUCAACCCCAGUCACCAUCAACCUCAGUCACCAUCAACCUCAGUCACCAUCAACCUCAGUCACCAUCAACCUCAGUCACCAUCAACCCCAGUCACCAUCAACCCCAGUCACCAUCAACCCCAGUCACCAUCAACCCCAGUCACCAUCAACCCCAGUCACCAUCAACCCCAGUCACCAUCAACCUCAGUCACCAUCAACCUCAGUCACCAUCAACCCCAGUAACCAUCAACCCCAGUCACCAUCAACCCCAGUCACCAUCAACCCCAGUCACCAUCAACCCCAGUCACCAUCAACCUCAGUCACCAUCAACCUCAGUCACCAUCAACCCCAGUCACCAUUAA